AUGUCCACGGUCUGUGCCGCGCCGCCGUGCCUCGCGGCCGCGUGGCUGCCGCUGCGUUGCCCCGCCCGCCGCCGCAAGCACGGUGCACCCGGCGCGGCGCUGAGCGGCGGCCUGGCGCAGCCGUCGGGCGGCGCCGCGGCGGGCGUCGCGGCGGAGGAGGAUGAGGAGGAACGCCUGUGCCGGUAUUGCUUCGAGGGGGAGGACGCGGGCGAGCUGGUCUCGCCGUGCCGGUGCAUGGGGGGCCAGAAGUGGGUGCACCUCGCUUGCCUGCGCCGUUGGCAGCGCACCGUGCUGGUGUCGCAGCCGACCCAUCCAGACCUCUACGACAACGACACGCGGCAGCGCGUGUGCAACGUGUGCAAGGCCAGGGGGAG